UACUCUCUAACGUCUUACAUAGUAGGCGAGUCGCAGGUUGUGAACGAAUAGUAUUUGCGUAAUGACAUGCAUUUCAUCAAAAGUGCUGCUAAACAAGGAUUUAUGAUACAUAAAACCACAACGCCAGAGAACAUCCUGUCUCUAAUAUCCAGCUGAACAGAUUCAAGACGGGACUUGUAACAGGGCUUUAUAGAGAUCUGCAAACAUGGAACCCGAGGUGCAGACGUUCUCCUGGGUGGACUAUCUCCUCUUCUCCCUUACUCUCGUUUUCUCAGCCUCCAUUGGAGUUUUCUGGUCUGUGAAAACGAGAAAGAAGAUCACCCAGUCUCCAGACCAUCUGCUAACAGGCGACCGGAAGUUGCAGAUAUUUCCAGUGACGAUGUCACUGGCAGCCAGCUUCUUGUCCGCCAUCUUUAUUAUUGGGGUACCGACGGAGGUUUACGUGAACGGUGGCAUGUAUGUCUGUAUCCUGUUCAGUUAUAUACCGACCAUGGCCGUAGCAAGCAUUUUCUUUGUACCGAUGUUCCACAAACUGCGGUACACAAGCGCUUAUGAGUAUCUUGAGAGGAGAUUUAACAAGGCCAUCCGGAUAAUGGGAUCCCUGACAUUCACGGUAGAGAUGAUUAUAUAUAUGGGCGUUGUAAUGUACACUCCUUCCCUGGCGCUGAGUCAAGUAACCGGACUUUCAAUGGAACUAUGUAUACUAACGGUGGGACUUGUCUGCACGUUCUACACUACCAUUGGUGGUAUAAAGGCUGUUGUGUGGACAGAUGUUUUUCAACUGUUCAUCAUCACUGGAGGGCUACUUGCCCUUGUAGUACAAGGCGCCCUGGAUGUAGGGGGACUAGGGAAGAUGUUCGAGAGGGCCACCUUAGGGGGAAGAAUGCCAUAUUUUGACUUCAAUCCUGACCCCUUCGUGAGGAACAGCUUCUGGACUCUGAACAUCGGUGGUUUCUUCACCUUCCUCACAGUCUACGCGUCAAACCAGGCCACGCUACAGCGAUACUCAAGCGUGAAGACCCUGAAAGGAGCGCAACUUGUCCUCUGGCUGACCUUGCCUAUCGCCGUCAUGAAUAUGCUUCUCAUCUGUGCUGUCGGCCUUGCUAUCUACGCGCGCUACCACGACUGUGACCCGUUUCUCAGCGGGCGAAUCGCCAAACUUGACCAGAUUGUACCGCUAUAUAUGAUGGAUACCCUCGGCAGUAUUCCUGGCCUACCUGGACUAUUUGUUUCCUGUAUUUUCAGCGCUUCACUCAGUACCGUCUCAUCAGGAGUGAACUCCCUUGCCGCUGUGUCUAUAUGCGACUACCUGAAACCUGCCCUAUCAUUAUUUGGGAAGGAUCCCUCUAACAAAACACUCUCUGUACUCUCCAUGGUGUGCUCAAUAUUUUACGGGCUCCUGACAGUUGGCCUGGCGUACGUCGCAGGUAUCGUGGGGAGAAGUGUACUACAAAUUGGUCUAAGUGUCUUUGGAAUGCUGGGAGGACCGUUGCUCGGGCUGUUCUGUAACGGAAUGUUCUUUCCCUUCGUUAACUCGUGGGGAGCUGGUGCCGGGUUGACUAGCAGUCUGGUCGUGUCCCUGUGGCUUGGGGUGGGCGCUGCUCUGAAUCCUGCCCCGCGGGGUGCCUUGAAUCUGGUCACGGAUGGCUGCACCCUCGACAGCAGCAAUGUUACCACGACAGCAUUAUCUGCUUUUUCCAUUAUCACAGCUUCCAUAAAUGAUACCAGUGUUCUAUCUGUUACACGUGGUAUUGACAUAAUAGACAAGAUUUACAGUCUAUCGUAUCUACACUACAGCACUGUGUCGGUCAUAGUCGCCAUCGUUGUGGGUAUUGUUGUUUCUAGUCUAACAGGUUGCAACAGAGAAAAGCCUGUGGAUCCGACAUUGUAUAUCAAUAUACGGGAUGGGUUGUGUUCGUAUAAACAGUGUCUGGUUGGAUAUACAUUGGCACCAACGGACACAUCUCUAACAGAAGCCCAUCCUGCGCCUCAUGCUCUUCCAUAUAUGGUGAACGGAGAUUACAGUAUACACGAGAAGGAGCACGGCAUAUCUUUGCUUGGAGAGAAGAAGAUUGCAGUAGAUGCAGACAAGAUUGAGCGGAUUCUUAGAGACGAGAGCAGGUCAUCUUGUGUGUAGAGCCAGCAACGCAUCUUGUGUGUAGAGUCAGCAACACAUCGUGUGUGUAGAGUCAGCAACACAUCUUGUGUGUAGAGCCAGCAACACAUCUUGUGUGUAGAGUCAGCAACACAUCGUGUGUGUGGAGUUAGCACGACAUCUUGUGUGUAGAGUCAGCAAAACAUCUUGUGUGUAGAGUUAGCACGACAUCUUGUGUGUAGAGCCAGCAACACAUCGUGUGUGUAGAGUCAGCAACAUAUCUUGUGUGUAGAGUCAGCAACACAUCGUGUGUGUAGAGUCAGCAACACAUCUUGUGUGUAGAGUCAGCAAAACAUCUUGUGUGUAGAGUCAGCAACACAUCGUGUGUGUAGAGCCAGCAACACAUCUUGUGUGUAGAGUUAGCACGACAUCUUGUGUGUAGAGUCAGCAACACAUCUUGUGUGUAGAGUCAGCAACACAUCGUGUGUGUAGGAUUUAACAACAGAGAGGCUUAUUGAUGAAUGAAUGACCCACGGUUCUCCCGUCCCACAAGCAGUAUGAGGCAGUUGACAUCCUUCAGAGAGAGAGAGAGAGAGAGAGAGAGACGCUGUCUAACUAACUCUUUUAAGGAUACCGGCAUCAUUCAGCAUACUAUUAUUCUCUUCUGCAUGGCUCCCUUAUCUAAAUAAAUGUAUAUUGGACAAAAAAAGAUUAAGACAGUGUGUGCUCAGCCUGCACACCAAAAACAAUACCCCCUCCCCCCCGAAAAAAAAAAUAUAUAAAAAAAUAUGCAUGAUACAUACUUUUUUGUUCAGUUCUAGUAUUUGCUAUACACAGUUAUUUCCUUUUCUUAUCCUUAUGUUAUUAUCACAUGUUACAGCUGCAGAGACAGUGAGAGACUCUUAUAAUUAUGUACAACUUAACAAUGCACAGUUAAAUAGAAUCGAAAUAAUUUUAAUCUCAUAAACAACACAAUUCCUUCGUUUAUGAAUCACGUAUCUUUCUAGUGCAUUUUCAAGGCUUCUACUAAAAUGAAAUCCAGCAGAUUGAUCAGUUUUACGGUGAAGCUUUCUUUUUGUUGUCAAGAUUAUUAUUAUUCCGUGAUUCUAUGGUAACGACAACCAUUAUUUUUUUAUUAAUUUUUAUACCAUUGUUUUGUAUAUUGUAGUCUGCUAGGUACACGUCACACAUUCCUAACUAUUCGUCACAUUAUUCAUUUCCCACAUGUACCAACGACAGCUAACAAACCGUAGUUUAGCAUAGUGAUGUUACAUCUUAGCAUUGUGAUGCUGUAUCAUGGUAUGAAAGUGUUACAUCUUAGCACUGUGAUGCUGCAUCAUGGUAUGAAAGUGUUACAUCUUAGCAGUGUGAUGCUGUAUCAUGGUAUGAAAUUGUUGCAUCUUAGCAUUGUGAUGCUGCAUCCUGGUAUGGAAGUGUUACAUCUAAGCAUAGUGGUGCUGCAUCAUGGUAUGAAAAUGUUACAUCUUAGCAUAGUAAUGCUGCAUCAUGGUAUGAAAGUGUUACAUCUUAGCAUUGUGAUGCUACAUCAUGGUAUGAAAGUGUCAUAUCUUACCAUUGUGAUUCUGUAUCAUGGUAUGAAAAUGUUACAUCUUAGCAUUAUGAUGCUAUAUCAUGGCAUGAAAGUGUUACAUCUUAGUAUUGUGAUUCUGUAUCAUAGCAUUUAAAUGUUGAAUCUUUGCAUAGUGAUGCUGUAACAAGGUAUGACAGUGUUACAUCUUAGGAUUGUGAUUAUGUAUCAUGUGAAAGUGUUACAUCUCAGCAUAGUGAUGCUGUAUCAUGGUAUGAAAGUGUCACAUCUUAGCACUGUGAUGCUGCAUCAUGAUAUGAAAGUGUUACUCUUAGUAUUGUGAAUCUGUAUCAUGGCAUUAAAAUGUUGAAUCUUUGCAUAGUGAUGCUGUAAUAUGGUAUGAAAGUGUUACAUCUUAGCAUUGUGAUUCUGUAUCAUAGUAUGAAAAUGUUGACUCUUGCCAUUGUGAUGCUGCAUCAUUGUAUGAAAAUGUUGCAUCUUAGCAUAGCGAUGCUGCAUCAUGGUAUGAAAAUGUUGCAUCUUAGCAUAGUGAUGCUGUAUCAUUGUAUGAAAAUGUUGAAUCUUAGGUUAGUGAUGCUGAAUCUUAAUAUAUUAUCAAAUAUAUUAUAUAAAUACUCAUGUCUGUUUGGGGCGAAAAACUCUCUCAGCAGGCUGUGAAAA